GCAUGCACACACGCUGACUAUUGGGGGCGCUCUUCUCAACUAUAACAGCCAUGACAGUUUCGUCAUUAUUCGAAAAACACAAAACUUCAACUUCAAGUUUUCCAUCAAGAUACUGUGGCAUCAAUAUCACUUCGGAUGUUCUGAUGACUUUGAUGCAACACACAGUAACAUGGCAGACUCGGACAAACAACCAGUGAACAACAUGAAGCCAAUGACAGCCUCACGUCUGGAAUCUCACAAGCUGACUUACACCAUUGAGAAAUGGUCCAGUUAUUCUUCCAAUUAUGUGCCAGAGAAUAUUUUGGUAGAUGCACCCAACGAUCAGUCUUCCCGAUGGUCUUCAGACAGCAACUGUCCUCCCCAGUACCUGACCCUGAAACUGGAGAAGUGUUCCUUGAUUGACGCCAUCUCCUUUGGCAAGUACGAGAAGACGCACGUCUGUAACCUCAAGAAGUUCAAGAUCUAUGCAGGGAUGACUGAGGAGCAUAUGGUGGAACUCCUCACGAGCGGUUUAGAAAAUGACAGUAAUAUGGAGACGUUUACACUGAAACAUGUGGUCAAUGGCUCUCAAGUCCCUUGCAGAUUCAUCAAAAUAGUGCCUAUGUUAUCCUGCGGGCCUAGCUUCAACUUCAGCAUCUGGUAUGUUGCAAUAAAUGGCAUCGAUGACCCUGAUACAGUUCAGCCAUGCCUGAUCAAGUACAACAAAUAUCGUGAGCGAGAAGCAAUCCGUCUCUGCUUGAAACAUCUAAGACAACACAACUACAGCGAGGCCUUUGAGACGUUGCAGAAGAAAACCAAGAUCAGCUUGGAACAUCCCACCAUAUCAGAACUACAUGAGAAACUGGUAGUGAACGGUGACUUUGACUGCUGCGAGCACAUCAUCGAGCGGGCCUCGGAGGAGGGCCACUUUGAGCAGUACAUCAGCAUGCAGGACUACCUGCCGCAGUGGAAGCUGCUGUGUCAGCAUGGCUCCCUGGAGGACGAUGCCAAGCCUGGCAAGAGGGGUGGUCACCAGAUGUGCAUAGACAUUGAUACAGAAACCGUGUAUUUAUACGGCGGCUGGGACGGGGCACAGGAUCUGUCAGACUUCUGGGCUUUCAGUGCGGCGACGGGCCAGUGGACCUGCCUGUUCAAGGACACUGCAAAGGAGGGUGGUCCCUCCGCCCGAUCCUGCCACAAGAUGUGCCUGGAUCCACAACGCAGGCAGAUCUUCACAUUAGGACGGUACCUUGACUCCUCUGUCCGAAAUGUGUAUCCACUGAAGAGUGACUUUUAUGUGUACGACAUUGACACCAACAAGUGGCUUCUUAUAUGUGAAGAUACGGGUACAGAGGGGGGCCCUAAGCUCAUUUAUGACCACCAGAUGAGCAUGGACUCACAGAACUCCACCAUCUAUGUGUUUGGUGGGAGAAUUCUAACAAGUACCUUACUGUCUGAGGAGAGGCCUAGUGAGGGUUCCUUCAGCGGUCUCUACUCCUACCAUGUACCCACCAACACCUGGAAGUUACUACGCAGGGAUUGUGCCAGUAGUCUAGGGGGAAGGGACAUCAAAUCUAGGAUAGGGCACUCCAUGCUUCUCCAUCCAGUUCUUCAGAAGCUGUACAUCAUUGCUGGCCAGCGAGGGAAAGACUACCUGAGUGACUUUUUCACCUACAACAUUGAAACGGAUGAGAUCGAGGUGAUAUCAGAUGGCAACAAGAAAGACAGUGCCAUACCAGCGGCAGGUUUCACCCAGCGAGCUACAAUCAAUCCAGACUUGAAUGAAAUCCAUGUGUUAUCGGGCUUGAGCAAAGACAAAGAGAAGAAGGAUGAUAGUGUCAAGAACUCUUUCUGGGUUUAUUACAUCAAUCAGAACAGAUGGUCCUGCGUGUACAAGAAUGAGAACAGUGACCAGCAGUACUGGAGCAGCCGUCAGUGUGUGGAGCCCUGCCCCCGGUUUGCCCACCAGCUAGCCUACGACCACAAGCACAAGAGGCAUUACUUGUUUGGGGGCAACCCCGGCCGGUCUACGGCUCAGCGCAUCCGCCUUGAUGACUUCUGGUCUCUGGAGCUUGUCCGGCCGCUGAAAGACCAGGUAGUAAGGCGCUGCAAGCAUGUGAUACGCAAACACCGCUUCCAAGAGAUUGCCAUGUCUAAUCCCGUCCAGGCCCUGAGAUACCUGCAAACGGAGCUGUACGAGACGGUCAAUCACAAAGACAAGCAAGAAACCAAAGAGUUCCAGCUGCUAGCCUCAAGUCUUUUCAGGCCACGACUCGAGGUACCAGACCACCUGCUGACCGUGCACAUAGAAGAAUCCCAGCCACAUUAUUCCACUAGAACUCAGCUGUUUGACACGUUAGUCAAUUUCUUCCCCGACAACAUGUCCCAGCCGAAGGGAAACCUGGUGGAUCUCAUCAUCUAGAGGGCGCCACAUGUCACAACCACUUGUAGAAAACAGUGUACGGACUCCGUGCACAAAGUACCCCUCAACGGUUGCCGAGAGAGUUGGUGGAGACCACUGGGAGGGACAUUCAAAACGCAUUGCUGGCAACGCCUGAUGCUCUCAAAAUAAGGAUAAUAAUGUGGUCAAUUUGGUCUCCACCGUCACAGGUGCCCAUUUGUACUCCUUGGUGGAAAGAGUCAGUUGUAGUAAAGUGUCUUGCCAAAGAGCACAGGCAUCAUGUUCCCCGUUAGGGUUUGAACCUACGUACCCCGUCCCACAAGUCGAACACCGUAAUCAUUGGAUGAUGGUAUGAGCUUGUGCACGUUUGGAAUAAAAUAACUCAUGCAUGCUUUACGUCAUACAUGUGCAAACCAGUACAUGCACGUGUUGUGUCACUCCCACUGCUGCUGUCAAAAGUGGUUAGAAUUAAGCACCAUCUACAGCAACUGUGCAGGCUCUAUAUCUGCAAUAAGCUGCUAACUAAACCAGCAAGGCUUUGGCUUGCUGAGUGUGCUGUUUUCACCCAAGCCACAUAUGUGAGGCGUUCUCACAAAAUGAGAUGGACCUGGGCACAAGCCGUAGCGGAGAGAAAUGCAAAACCGAAUGUGGAUAAUUUAUUUUCGAUAUUCAGAUUUAUUGAUAUUUGUUAUCUUUGAUAUGUUUACUACACAUAUUUUAAAGAAAUAGCAUAAAAUCGUGGAAUGAUAGUUUUGGGGAAAAACAAUUGGUGUCUUUCAUUUUCACGAGAACAAAACUCGAUACUCCGGUUUUUUUUACAUGUCGAUUCAUGUGAAAUUUAAACAGCCAUUACAUGUCAAUGGAAUGUCCGAUUGAAGUGCAACAAACAGUAUAGGUCUCGUUCAAAUGACGUUAUUUCCUACAGACCAUAUGUGACCCGCUCUGCAAAAAUGAGUCAGAUGUCUCCAAAGCCACUUUUGAGCUAAAGGUCUUUGAAAGAAUGUUGCACAGUGUUUAAGCAAUUGGAAUCCUCAACAUUUUAAAUUCUACACAAUGUCCAUUUUCAUCAAACCAAACUGUUGAGGAUUCCAGUUGCUUAAACACUGUGCAACAUUCUUUCAAAGACCUUUAGCUCAAAAGUGGCUUUGGAGACAUGUGACUCAUUUUUGCAGAGCGGGUCACAUAUUUCCUACAGACCAUCCACGUGCAUCAGCAUUUUGAGCGUCAACUUGCAUAACGUGCAUCGGUUGCGUCGUAUAUUGAACACAUUUCGAGCAACAAGCGCACGUGUUUGGAACAUUUUCAACACUGCGCAAUGCGGGCUUGACUGCGUAUAAUACGCAGUUGCAAUUCUCCUACAGAGAUGGCCGUCAUUGAACGAGCCCUAUUGUAAGGAGAAUUUUAUUCUCUUUCACAAUACCUGCAAACCCUCAUUUCGACCUCUGCCCAGUUCUGUCUCGUUUUGCAAGGACGCCUCACAUACAUGCUCCGUGUGUAACUUCAACAUUUUUCUGUAAUUUGGUCCCAUAUUUUAUUGAAGUUGGCACAGUGAUAUGACAAUUUAAAAAACGAUCACUGCCUUUGUACCUGUACGUAUAUUAACAAAAUCACAUUGAAAAUGUACUGACAUCACUAAAAGUGCAUUCAAAGGCACAUGAAAUGAACUUAAAAAAAUAAAAAAAUCAUAUUCUGGUGCCAUAUCUAUGCCUCUACAAUGUACAAAUAUGGGACACUCGUUUGACUUUCAGUGUACAUGUGUUUCAUUGAAAAGUGUCCUUUUCACUGUUUGCAAAGGUAAAGCUAUUUUAUGAAAACUUGGUGCAUUGCUUACUUUAGGUACACAGUGUAGAGUUUCAGAAUUCUCACUUUAAAAUUUAAGUCUGAACUUUGAAUCGUUCUGUCAGUUUCUGUGCUCCUUUUUUUCUUUGAUUGGCAAUUAUUUUGAACAGGACAACUAUAACACUCAAAUAUAGCAUAGGUGUUUGUGCCAUAGGUGUUUGUGCCAUAGGAUUUACAUUUAAUACCAGUUGCAAAAUAAUGUCCCCACACUGUUGGAAAAACCUUACAAUAUUAUUACCAUGUGGCAAUUUACAGAAAGUACUUUGUGAAAUGGGCAUUGUUUCAUGCAAAGUAAUUCAAUACGGUAUAACUGGAUUUUAUUCAGAAACCUUUAAUAGAAAUUACGUGUUAUAUACUUUUGUUGAAUUAUGUUUUCCUUGAUUAUUUUAACAAGGUUUCAUUCGAAUAUUCUGCGUUCCUGCCAUGUUUUUAACAAGGAAAUAUUCCAAUAUUCACUGUUUGGGAAAUAACUUUUGAUGAAAGGUUUCCGAAAUCUUCACAUUUUUGAUCUUUUUAUUUGUUUUUAUAUUUUAAAGACUUUUGACAUUUUUUGUUUCUCUCUUAAAAAUGUUUUCUGUCAUUAAGUGAAAAUAAUGCAAUAUCUAUAUUUAAAAGCCUCUUUUGUCAUGCCCUAUUUGUAUGGAUUUAAGGAACUAUGCAUAUUAUGGAAUUGUAGAUACUUACUUUUUAUUCCUCAUUUUGGAAAGCGCUGUGUUGAUCCUCCUGAAAAUGUUAAUAUCUGCGACAGUUUGUUUUCAUUAGUUUUAAUUUGUUUCAUGUUCUUGCUCAGUUUCUGUCCUAGUAUGCCAACUCAUAACUUUCAAUCCACUUACCCAUUCGUUUGCGAAUUAGAAGUUUGAUGGUAUGGGUUGCAGCUCCAGAAAGAAGCUAAAUUCUGGCAGAUUUCUAUAUUGUUUCUCAUUGCAUUCAUAUUGCAUGGACAACUUUCAGAAGUAUUUAUUACGUUCACUAAAAACAAACAAGGGUUGGGGGAAAAGUUCACCAGUAAGAGGUAAUGGUUAGCCCCAAAGCUUAGAAUGAUUUCUGAACGUUUUCAAUAUUAGAAAAUGAUCUUGUCAAAAUGAAAUCAGGUUUUUAAUGAAACAAUAACUGCCUGGAAACUUGUGUUUUAUUUCCUGAAUCAAUACUGAAUAUCUUUAUUCAGCUAUUUAUUUUCGUCACUUUGUGCUAACCAACUUUGAAUAAAAUGCUGAACAUUUUGCACAAAAUCCCAA